CGGGAAGGUGACAUCAGACAGUAGGAAUUCCUCUCUGUGUGCAGACUGCAGUUGAUUGGUGGACGAGGGCGUUUCGGACCGACUGGACUGUGGGCGGAAACUAAGGACACUUCUCCAUUCACUGGAUGAGAAAUAAUCUGGGAAAGGCUCGAGAAACACGGAGAACAUAAACGCGGAUUAACGAUAUUUAAUACUCUCCUGUUGGUAUGGCUUUAUUGUUCGGCAGCACUAUGUUUUCAAUGCGUCCACAAACUUUGCUGCUGGUUCUGGUGUGUGCGCGUGCUGCCUCGGCUGCAGCCAAUAACGUCUCCACUGCCCGAGGGAAGACCUUUGUCAUUUUUGACAAUUCAGUCACAGAUGAACCAAUAGACUAUAACCCUAAUUCAGAUGAUGACUUCUCCAAAGUUAACCAUUCUACAAGUGGUCGGGGGCGUAAUGUAACCAACUCCCAUAGGCCGGAAAUCACCGAAGAGGCGCUGCUGUUUCUAACGGGCCCUGUGUCCACCGUCCUCAUACCUUCCUUCUACACACUGGUCUGCCUCAUCAGUGUGCCCAUCAACAUCUGUGCGCUGCUGGCCUUCGCACGGAAGAUCCGACCUAAGAAGCCAGCAGCGAUCUAUAUGCUGAACCUGGCCUGCACUGACCUGCUCUUCGCCAUGCUGCUCCCCUUUAAGAUCUCCUACCACUUUGGCGGCAACAACUGGAUAUUCGGCUCGCCCAUGUGCCGCGUGGUCACCGCAGCCUUUUACUGGAACAUGUAUUGCUCUGUUCUCCUCAUAGCUUGCAUCAGUGUGGACCGGCUUCUUGCUGUAGUCUACCCUAUCGACUCCCUGACUUGGAGAAGGCCACGGAACGCAAUCAUCGCCUGUGUAGCUAUGUGGAUACUAUCCUUUGCUGGUUCGGUGCCCCUCGUCCUCUCCAACCAGACUGUUCACCUUAGAGAGUUGAACAUCACCACCUGCCAUGAUGUCCAGUACUCACAUGAGCUAAUCUGGAAAUACAAGAUCUACUUCAUCACCCUCUGCUGCGCCCUCUUCUUCCUGCCUCUGCUCAUCACAGUGGUGUCCUACACUUGGGUGAUCUGGUCGCUGAGCAGGGUCCCACACGGGGUUCCAGGACGCUCACGCAGACGAACAAGAGCAGUGGUGAUUGCUUUAACGGUGCUGGUGAUGUUUGUGCUGUGUUUCACGCCCACAAACUGUCUACUGCUAGCGCACUACACGCAGUUUAAUGAGGGAAUAGAGAAGAGCCGAGUGGCCCCUGAUGGCUCCUACGUAGUCUAUCUGGUGUUUAUGUGUUUGGGAAGUCUGAACUGCCUCCUGGAUCCUCUGCUCUACUACUUUGGAUCAUCCCAAUGCCAGAGACAACUGUGUAGUAUGCUGAGGUGUCAGAAGAUUACAGAGCGCAGUAGCAUCAGUCAUUCAUCAUCUAAUUCAUACAGAUCCAGCAGAAGAACAAUUCUGAAAUCCAGCCAUACAGAAAGCUCCAAAAUAAACACUCCAGUCACCAAAAUGGACUCUUUCCAAAAAAGCCUCAACAGCCAAUACAACAAACUGCUGGUCUGAUAGACUGUCACAUUCAGCAGGCAUUAAUCAGAGUGACUUAACUGAGUCUUACCUGUGAUAUUAAAGCUAAGAAACAGUAGAUAUAUUUUAUUUUGAAGUCCAAGUAACAACAAAUAAAGAGCACAAAGUGAAUCUGUAAGGUUUUGCCUAUUGUAUGUAUUUUCCUUUCAUGAUUAGAAUGGAGGAUAACUGAUCCUAUCAUGCCAACAGAAAUAGCUACAAAUCUAGGUUUCAUAACAACAAACGUGUAGCGACAGACGUGCCUUUUGAGUGAAAAACAGUAAAAACAAUGCACGGAAGGAAGUUGAGAUGAGAUAAGAACAUGCUUUCUAGAACAAUUCUGGUGAAUACUGUGAUACUAUGAAAUGCUUUUAUUUUUGCACUGUAUGUGUAAGAGCUUAUGAGUUGCUGAAAGAGAAUCUGUAGCUAAUACAUUUAAUGAAAGGAGAUGACUUGCUAUUUUGUUUUUUGUUUUUUUUCUGUAUAUAUGUUUACUGAAAAGCUUAUUUUCAAGCACUUUCAAGCUGUUAAUCAUGUUUUACUUUGCACUUAUUUUUUUUUUUUUUUACUACUUUUGGUAUCUGAAUUACUAUAUUAUCAUAUCAUUGUGAUAGUGUAAUUAAGACACAACUGUAAUGGGCCGAGCAAACAUCCUACAGUGGCAUAUUUAGUUUAAUGCUGCUCUCUGCUGGUGGGAAAUGUGAAGUACUGACAAGUCAUUUUACACCAUUGUCCGGUUCUUUUCUCCUCCAGCAGGUAGAGCUGCUGUACAGUUCACAAAAGCUAACCUGGAGGAUAGACUCUGGCCACCUCUUUCACUGUGUAUUGGUCUUGAGAGUUGUGUGAUAGUGUAAAGGAACUACUCACUGAAUAAAUACUUUUUGAAUUAUUCAAUAUAAGCUAAAAUACCUGGCUGUUCUGUAGUUUAUUUCUGAUAGUCCACUUACCCCUAACCCUCUACUGCACACAUUAUGGUUUUGUGUUGCCUCAGGGUAACGUUGUGCUAUAAGGGUAGGAAAACACCAAGGAAAAUCUGAUAGUUUCAGAACAUUUAUUGAGUGAAAUAAAUUAGAAAUAAGCACUAUUUUCAUUUGUUUUUAUAUAGUAUUUGUUCAGAACAUUUGUAUUGUGCAGCAAGCACAAUCGUAUUGUAACAGAUUAAUAAAAGAUUGUGCAGAAAGUACAAUUUUAGGCCAUAGCAAUGUCCCUGUGUCCAUUGCCUGUGAAUUUCAGUGGAUAUGUUCAUAAAAAACAUUGACCAAGAUCCUCUUUUUACAUCACAAGUCAUUUGACUCCAUCGAGCACAUUACUACUCUGAGAAGUAGCUUAACUGCACAACCUUGCCCUGAGGCAACAAGGAGAAACCCCCUUUAUUAUAUACAUAUAUACGUUUUUUUUUCUCAAAAACUUAUCAAAUAUGAUUUUUUUAGAGGUUCAUACACAUGUAGCCUACAUAUUUUAAAUGUUAAAAAAAAAUAGUGAAAAAUUUCUGAGAACCCAUCUUCAGAUGUCUUGUCCGACCAAUAGUCCAAAAUCAAAAGAUGUUCAAGUAUAAGUGAUAUAAGAAAACUUGACAAUGUCUGGUAUUUUUUAUUAAAACGUGACUGAAAUGA